UUUGGGGAUCGACACAUAUUGAGAAAGAUGGGACGAGACAAGCUAAAACUUUGUUCCGAUUCUUUUUUGACUGUAAUCAACAGGCAGUGGCUUUUGCCUCACCGAUCGAAACUGAUAGGCAUAGCGCGCACUGCUUACGCAACUGGUGAUGAGCGCAACUGACCCCAUUCAUUCUCGAAUCCUUUGUGAUUGUGUUGAGCAUGCUAUUGACACCUGCGAGUAGACACAUGAUCACGUCGUGCGAGGGGAACAGGAGAGGAGUCGAGAGAUCGCUCAUGAGACUCGCAAGACUAUGAGAGAACGAAUAUCAAUGAAUCUGAAUUAUGUGUUCACGUACUGUCUGAAAUCAUCAAUUAUGAAGGUAGAAGAUCUUCCGCAAAGAAAGAUGGCACGCUCGCACAACUCGCCCAUAUGCUCUCUGGCAUCAGUACUGCUAUGUUGCCUCUGUGUCUGGCGAGAUGUCGUGGUGAAUGCGAACGAGAAGGUCUUGGAACUAAUCGAGGAGUUCACCAGCUGGCCGGAUCCUGGCGCGUCGCAGUGCCAUGCCCUUGAGUUUAGGGCACCUUCGAGCCGCGACCUAGACGGGAGUAGGGGCACUGGUAUGGCUACGAUUUGGUAGUAGUUCCUAUUCUGUGUGAUUUAAAUUUUCAUUUUUGUGUCUGCUGUCUCCGUUCUCUGGCUGCAAAUCAUAUGCCUGCCUGCGGACAAAGUAAGUACAGGAACACCUAGUAGAGAAGCACCGCUGUCUUCUCUAAAAAAAGUUCUGUUGACCGCCUCCACGACACAACAGCCGUUGAUCCGGAAGGUGGGAAUAGUUUGCUGCGGUAUCAGGAUGUCGUGGUCAGUAUCGAGGAACAUUUUGAGGUGGCUGGGAAUACAACCCAGGGCGCAAGCAGACGACAACGCUUAUACGAGAAUGUGUUGGCACUCGGAAUGUUUCUCGAGACUCUGUUGCCUUCUGGUGCCUUGUCGAAUGGAGGUGGUACCCCGACUAGUACUCCCAUGGGAACAACAGGUCGUUCGCGUGUGAUCAAGUUUUCUGUGCCAACGCGACGACUGAACCUACCGGCUGAAAGAAGCGUUCGCAUGAUCGUGGAAAAGACAGAAGAAAUCAAUUUGACUCUUCGAUCUUCUAGUAGUAUACAGCUGAAGACAUCAAUCGAGGAACAAGAUUCAUCGGCGAAAGACCCUGAUACGCAAACGUCCUUCCUCGAAUCCAGGUUGUUGUUAGCGCUUUUACAGGGUCUCCUUCUGGAGAAAGAAGUGAAAGACAGCAGUGGACGGGAACCAAAAUGGGUAUUGGAAUCAGAUGGAGAGCGGGACCAGCAAGGAGUCGGACUGCUUGAGCUUGUCAGUCGAGAUGAGAGCUUAGCACGCGCACUGCAUGCGGCAAUGCAUCAACGUGGGUGGAUUCAGUGUCCGCACGAUAGAAGACAGGCAUUGUUAAGGCUUUGGGAAGGGAAACAACUCAAGUUUAGUGUAUAAUGAGUUAAAUCAGUGUUUGGGGUGUGUUGACGCACACUACGAACAUGAGGAAUCAUGUUACGAGAGAUGUACUUACUUUUUACGAACGGUACCAUCAAGCGCUAAUGCCAUUGAUGUCAGGAGCGCAAGGAAGCGUUUCCACCGAAGCGCCUCUUGGCAUUCUAGACGAGGACAGUGACGGAGAUGCGUCGACGCGUCGACUGACUGCUGACCGAGUGCAUGCGUCUAGAAUUGCAAAGCAAAGGUUAUCUUCUGCAGGUGUCCACCACGGCGGUACUAGACAUAAGUCUUUGAGUGACCCCGCUGAGAUUCAAACUUCUGGAACAACUGACAAAAUCCCCUCAACAUCAGAAGUCGCACGUGGUGUAACACUGCCAACGCGCGAACGCGUGGUUGUUAAUUGGCAUAGUGCGGGAUUUCCCAGUGCGACGGCUGAAAUUGUGUUCCGACAGCAAUUCGAGGCCCUUGGGGUUUCCGCCAAUCUGGCGAAAAAGGCUGAACUCGAGUGGGUCUUUCAAGCAUUACGAGCGCAGCUGCGCAAGUGGCGCGCGUCCUUCGCACAUCUCUAUCUUCGUGCAAACGGCUGUCAUCUUAGGCUGGGUCAUCUUAGACCGAAGGAGACCAAUCAGAAGGAUGAAGAGGUUGAGGAACGACAGGAAAAGUCGCCAGGUCAUGAGCACCAUUCGAAAGCAGUUGUACGGGAGAUCUUCUUCCAGCAUGAUGAUUAUCACGAACCGGCCCGUGCUCAAAGGCGACGCACAUUUUAUCACACUGAGAUUUUCCGGCAAUACCCGUAUUACAACGCGAAGGCUCGAGCUGUGCAGGAGACUUUGUCCCAGAUCCGCAAGGGCUUACGCUACCCUUUUCCAGAUCACUACUACGACACAGCGACUCCGGAGCAAGGAUACCAGUAUUAAGAAAGUGUGUGGUUCUAGGUAAUGCAUUUUCAAAGUCGUCUGCGAUAAGCAGUCAAGAAGAGCAACCCUAUCUGAGACGCAUUUCCUACACCUCUAACAGUACUAUCGCGACCAGAAGUAUCACUAUCGCGACAGGCACAGACAUACAUUUUCGGACUUCACAGACAAAUUGGAAGCUUACAAGGUGCACGAUGGUCUAGGAAAAUAUACGAGCAUGGGCGCGAUGUAUGCCUAUUUUCUGCUUACCGAAGGAUUCAUGUCCUUUCAAAAGCUGCUGUAUGUUACGGAAGGACCAUACGUUCUCAGAGACGGCUACUUUUCUUGUAGUUUGAUAUGAUUCCAGAGAAAAUUUGCGAAUACAGAUGAGAUCAUCUGGAAUCUCUCAUCCUCUCAGCGUCACCAUUCCACACAGGAGCUUUCAUGUUAGACAAGUGCUUUCCCGCGUCGUUGUUGUUUGCAGCUGUGUACCACCACGACAAGUUUUUGGAGGUGAAUGGAGACAUCUGGGCGCCGAUUUAUGAGGCGCAGCGGAAUUUCGCACUCAUUCAGACGGGCAUCCAGAGAUUCGAUAUUAUGGCUCAAACCGCGAGUUUCCGCGUCGGCAGCGCCUGGACAGAUGAGGACAUGCUUGGCCCUUUGUCAGUUCGAGGAGAGGGGAGUGCUGUAUUACGAAAAGGACAAGGAGUGUGUGCUACUUAUGUUUGCUCUAGUGUACUGGUGGGCUCUACUAUCUGCUCUGUUAUGAAGCUUUUACCGUCCCACUUGUGUGUACAUUAGUGCCAACAGUUCUUCUCGACAAGCGUGUAAAUAGUUCUAAUGAUCGAGGAUUAUCCUGAAGAAGACGAGGAAAGCCGUCCACGUGGAGGCGGUGGUGAACAUGCUGGAGUUCGCGCCGCUCUAGACAAAGUGAAAAGUGAUACUACGGCUGCCUUUCGAGUAAUGUACGAGUCUCAAGCUGCAGGCAACGAAAUGUUUGCUCUAGAAAUGAGCCACGAGCAUACUGCGGACUAUCGACGCGGCAAUCUCACGAAGGAGAAACGCAUGCAGAACUACAAUUAAGCUAGCAGAGGUAAUGAAAAUCAACAAGUUGAUACCAGCAGGAAUUCUAACGAAUCGCCAGCCAAGAAUUUAGUGUAAGCAGUUUUAUUUGUCUCUGACUCUCUAGGCAUCCUUUCUAAUUUUUAGACGUGCUGUGGGAGAUCAAUCAUCUCUUUACCGAUGUGAUGCAGAUAGAAUGGGCUCCAAAAGGCGGAACUUUGAUGGCUUUUUUGCGAUACGCGGCUAACUCGCACCCGUCAGAAGAGCACCACGAUUUGGAGAACGAUGACAUUGACUUGUAUACUUAGAACUAUGUUAAUAGCAUGAGCGUGGAAAAAACUACGUUUUUUACAGACAACAUGUCUAUCGCGCGAGUCAGCUGAGACUCUGUACUUCACCCCGAAUUCGCCUCAGGUUCAUCGGUGCGGAGUCCGAGACGCAUUCACAGCACAUCAUGCUGGAGAUCACAGAAAGGCUGAAGCGAUCGCCACACGGUGCAUUCCACUGUUUCGGCAAGAGUGUCCAUCACGCCGCAAACUUCACGUGGCGAAACGACCUGCUGUUUUGCAUGCGAAAAGAGCCUGUGCUGAUGCUCCUCGACAUCGGAUCUUACUUGAAACUCGGAAACUUGGCUGUGAGUCACCGGUUAUGCGAAGGCGCUUCCCAAUUCACGAGCGACCCGGUCAACUGCGAAGUCCAUAACGAGUUGGUUUUUCAGAAGAACAACAUAACCUUAGACGAAAUAUACCCUUCGGAGAAAUGCCGCGCGUGGAAUAUGACGCUGCCUUGCCCGGUUCCGGAGAAAGCACUGAAAACGGUAUAUCUAUUUCCCUACAGCAGAAAAGGACUAGUAAGUAAGGAUUACCAUCCAUCUUGUUCACGCCUGCCUCUAGUUCUUGUAUACUAGACGGCAAUCACGUUUUUUUACUAAUAACUACGAUAUAUAAGGUUAUGAUCGGCGGCCCCAGUGGGAAAGAUGCGAGCUGCCCCUACUUGCCGACGAGGUCUAGACUGGAAAAAUGGAAUGCUAGGGACUGGAUGCGAUUGCUAGACUCGAUGGAGGAGCUAGCUGGUGGCUUCGAUAGCGAUGGCGAUGGUGUCCCGGACACGGAAGUCCUGAACAUCAAACCUUACAUUUAUGAGAAAAAUAGUGUUGUCGUAGAGUAUUUCACCGUUUAAAGGACGGUAGCCAACUUUUUUGAUGGCUUUUGUGGAUUCCUUUCAAACAAGAAGAAAAGUAUCUAUAAUUACACCCGUACACGAUUUAUCAGCGAAUAAGAUCACGACGACAUUUGUUUGUAAGUAGUACGCAAUGAGUUGUUUCAAAUGGUGACAAACUGACACAAAAAAGAGUGUGCAUGUUCAUUCAUGAUCAGUCCUCUUUUCUCUCUCCAUUUCAUCUAAUUUUUCUGGGACGACGCUGCCUGUAGGUUGCUCGUAGAAGAAAAUGCGGAUCGUGUAAUCGUUGAACGUGUGAAGAAAUGUUGUGCAGGCGUAGCAGAUGACAUGCGGCGUCGAUAUCGCUAUUUUGGACCGGAGAGCGGACGCCAACCGCGUAAAGGCGAACUGUUGCCGGUCCCCUACGACUACUCCAGAGACGGCGUCAGCACGUCUGGUCAGCUGGAUGAAUUGCCACCCAUUAUGAGUACGACAGUUUCAAACGACGAAGAAGACCGAUCUGAGAAAAUGUCGCCAUCCUUGCUUGCUGCCAGCGACGAUGCUGUUAACAGUAAUGCGGCUGCGCACGAAAGCCGAAGCACGAGUGACAUGGAUCAUGCUGCUACUACCGAUGAGGAGCGCGAGUUUUUUGGAGACCAGAUUUAAAUCGCGGACAAAAGCGCAGGCUCGUUUUAUCAGGUGGUUGGUUGGGAGCAUUCAGCUGGUUGGUUGUGAGCAGGAGGGGCCUGAUUCGCGACAGACUCUUUUCGAGGACGACAACGGGAAGUCUCACGCGCAAAAAGCACUCGUAGAAGCUGAUAUGCGAAGCUUUUGUCCCGACGAAAAUAGGGGCAGGCCGACCCAGUAUUCCUCAUUGGUGACGAGCGGAACAUGUUGUACCAGACGAGAUAAACUGCGGCUCCCGUGAGGACGAAACUUAUUACAGAGUAUGCGGAAGAAGUGGCUAUCCAUUGCGCCUGUGGGGAAGGCUCCAUUCGGCGCUGGCCUGCGCAGUGAUGUGGGACGGUUUGUUUGAUAGCGAAACUGCGUUCGCAUUGAAUCCGCGACAAGGACGAGAAGGAUGCCGCGGGUAGCCAAUCCAAGGCCACCACUUAUGGAGAUGGCGGAUUGUGGUUGCACUAAUCUAGUGGGUAUCGGUACUAUGUUGUAUGAAGAGGAGGUUGCUAAAUGCUGCGAAGAACGUUUCGAAAUUUGCGACAGGGCCUGUAGGUAUGCAGCAACCUCUUAAGAAGGCCAUGCGACGUUUUGCGCACUCUCGAAGAUACGUUGUAGAGCUUUGUUGUCGGGGCAAAGGAAACAUUGCUCAAACAAAGAUGCUUAGGCGAGUAGUCUGCAGUAGGUAAUUAAGCAGAAAUAGUUUCUAGUGGGUUCGUCCUCAUUCAUACCAGUUCACAGUAAGUAUGAAAAUUAUAGAUCAUCGGAAGACAAUUACUCCACUGUAGGUCCUCGAAUGGUCUUACAAGUAGACGAAAGGAGAACAUUAUAACUGGCGUCUCCAUCUUCACCUAGAAAGAAGGAAUGAAAAUCGAACGAGUUGUUGAGUGUACAACUACAGGUCCCUAAUGUGAGAUGGAGAAUCGUUGAGAUAGUAAUUUCUAGGAUCUGUUCUUCUUUCCUUGUUCUUUUAGAAAUCUGGCACCUGCUCAACAUUCGAAAGAUCUUUGAUGGUGUCGUUCUGUGACAGCGCAAAAAUUCUAAAUGUUGACAGAAGAAUUCUGCCUCGUGUGCACCCGAUCUCUAUUCGACGAUGUUCUGCUUCUAUGCGUUCGGAACGAAGGGUUUCAGGAAUAAAGAAUGUCUUUGACUCGGAAUACGAC